AUGUUUUUGAUUUUAUUCAUUAUUGGAGCGGCGUUCGCCUUGCCGAAUCCUGAAGCUGUCGAUCAGAACACUAUUGAACAGACUGAAUUUACGGGACGAGGAUUGAGGAAAGAUUGCACGGGCGGCAUCUUCAGUUCAUCGUGUUUAAAAAUAGAAGCCAUUACGUUACUUGAGAAAUUAAGUGCUAAAGACGAGCUCAACUUACUGCCAGGAAUUAGUGUCGUGAAGGAGCCUAAGGAUAAUGAGAGUAAGGCUGAUGAAUUUGCAUCGGAAUUAGCAAGGAUGAUGCCAUCGAAACCUGAUGAGAGGUUAGACAAGUAUUUGCUUUAUCGGCUUGGAAGUUACUUGGAUAGUCAUUCGGUGAAGUUGAGGCUGAUGGAUGAUGGAGCGACCGAGCAAGCUAGAGCCUUGAUGGGGGAAGCCAGAGCUAAAGGAGGUGGCUUAGGCGGUGGCAAGAAAGGCGGUAUGGGAGGUUUGCUGGCUGCGGCUCUGAUGAUGAAGGGUACUCUAGCGUCUAUAGCAUUGGGUGGCUUAGCACUGCUUGCUGGUAAAGCCCUGAUGACAGCCCUGAUGUCUCUUCUCUUAUCAGCUAUAGUCGGCCUGAAGUCAUUAUCAGCAGGCGGAAAGUCCACGACGUACGAAAUCGUAUCAAAACCGGUCUACAGUCACUCCCAUUCACAUUCAACGGCCCAUGAAGACGUAGGAGGCUAUGGCCAUUCAGGAUAUGGCAGGAAUUUGAAGAACAGACGACGCUAA